CCGAGUUUCGACGUGUCGCUUCCCGGGCGCUGGCGCCGCGGCGGCGCGAGGCCGGGGGAGGAUGCUGGGCAUGUACGUGCCGGACAGGUUCUCCCUGAAGUCCUCCCGCGUGCAGGACGGCAUGGGGCUCUACACGGCCCGCCGAGUGAGCAAGGGUGAGAAGUUUGGGCCCUUUGCUGGGGAGAAGAGGAUGCCAGAAGACCUGGAUGAGAACAUGGACUGCAGGCUGAUGUGGGAGGUCCRGGGGAGUAAGGGGGAGGUGCUGUACAUCCUGGAUGCCACCAACCCGCGACACUCCAACUGGCUGCGCUUCGUGCAUGAGGCACCCUCACAAGAGCAGAAGAACUUGGCAGCCAUCCAGGAAGGAGAGAACAUCUUCUAUUUGGCAGUGGAAGAUAUAGAGACAGACACAGAGCUUCUAAUUGGCUACUUAGACAGUGACCUGGAGGCGGAGGAGGAAGAGCAGCAGAUUGUGACCGUGAUCAGAGAAGCAGCAGCAGAAGAUUCUAAAGGCCAGUCAUCAGCUGGCAGGAAAGAUCCCCUUGGCUGCACAGAGGACUUCGCCUGCCCACAGUGUGARUCCAGCUUCCCCAGUGCGGAGAUUCUUGCUGAGCACCUCCAGAUGCUACACCAGAGGCCCACCGAGGAGAAGGAAUUCAAGUGCAAGAUCUGUGGGAAGAAAUUCCCAGUCCAGCAGGCCUUGCAAAGACACUCUGAGCAGCACCAGGAGAUGUGCCGUGGGGAUGCCAGGUUCGUGUGCAGGGCUAACAGCUGUGGGAAGAGACUGAAGAGCAAAGACGCCCUGAAAAGACACCAGGAAAAUGUCCAUGCUGGAGAUCCUAAGAAAAAGCUCGUGUGUUCGGUAUGCAGUAAAAAGUGUUCCUCUGCCUCCAGCCUGCAGGAGCACAGGAAGGUCCAUGAGAUUUUUGAUUGUCAAGAAUGCAUGAAGAAGUUUGUCUCAGCCAAUCAGCUGAAGCGCCAUCUCAUCACCCACUCAGAAAGACGGCCCUAUCAUUGUGAGAUUUGUAACAAGUCUUUCAAGAGGCUUGAUCAAGUGGGCGCCCACAAAGUCAUUCACAGUGAAGACAAGCCCUACAAGUGCAAGCUUUGUGGAAAGGGGUUCGCUCACAGGAAUGUCUACAAGAAUCACAAGAAGACCCACUCCCAGGAGAGGCCCUUCCAGUGUGAGGAGUGCAAAGCUUUGUUCCGGACACCCUUUUCCUUGCAGAGACACCUGCUGAUACACACCAGUGAGAGGACUUUUAAGUGUCACCACUGUGAGGCCACCUUCAAAAGGAAGGACACAUUGAAUGUCCACGUCCAGGUGGUCCACGAGAGACACAAGAAGUACAUUUGUGAGCUGUGCAACAAGGCCUUCGUCACACCAUCUGUGCUCCGAAGCCACAAGAAGACACACACAGGAGAAAAGGAGAAGGUCUGCCCAUAUUGUGGCCAGAAGUUCGCCAGCAGCGGGACACUGAGGGUCCACAUCCGGAGCCACACAGGUGAGCGUCCCUAUCAGUGUCCUUACUGUGACAAAGGAUUCAGUAAGAACGAUGGGCUGAAGAUGCACAUCCGAACGCACACCAGGGAGAAGCCCUACAAGUGCUCGGAGUGCAGCAAAGCCUUCAGCCAGAAGCGAGGCUUGGAGGAGCACAAGAGGACACACACGGGAGAGAAGCCUUUCCAGUGUGACGUCUGUGACUUGGCUUUCAGCCUGAAGAAGAUGCUGAUUCGACACAAGAUGACCCACAAUCCCCACCGUCCUCUGGCAGAGUGCCAGUUCUGCCACAAGAAGUUUACGAGGAACGACUACCUCAAGGUGCACAGGGACCAUGUCCACGGAGUGGCCGACAGCUAGAUGGCUGUGCAGGGGGCCUUUUAGAAGGUGCCUGGAGAGCCCAGUCUUGCCUCUCACGCAGCGUGACGGAGGUGGCCAGAAGUGGCUGUGCUCUCAGAGCUCUUAUUCUCCCACCUUUGGAGUUUGCAGAUGCAUAUGUAAAAUAUAUCAAAAGUAUUGUAUUUUCCACAAGUGGUACAAAUGRAGGGGAAGAAACCUCUGUAGCCUGCAGAAUACUGCUGUGCUCUGUCUCGUAAAGUUGCAAAGACGAGUUAGGGUGUUCUGACUCUUUCUGUAAGGAAGAUUGUUAGCAYUUCCAGCUGCUGGGCCUCUUUGUUGUUUGUGUGUGUUUAUCUUUGUGCACACUGUCAGUACUGGCUAGAGCACUGUUCUUACUAAUUUAGAUAGAAAUCAAGGUCCCCUGCUCUUUCUUUGAAGAAAGAAAGACUAAGCAUUUUCCAAGUCUCCAAGAUGAUGGCAGAUGGAUGCUUGCUCUUUUAAGAAACAGACCAAGAGUUUGUUAUUUAACACUUCACACAGAAAAUGAGUUUAAAAUAAAGAGCUAUUCGAUAAUGAAAGCCUCUAUUAAAUCGUUGCUCAUUUUAGAGAAUUCUCAGGCAACAAAUUUCCACUCAUCAUUUAGAUACAGAAAUUUAUGGUCUGAAUAAUUUUAUAAAAAGAUCAUUGCAAAAGUAGCCAUGAACUUUUAAAUAUUCCUCAAGCUGCCCCUCCUGAGUCUGCACUGCUUGUCUUUAGAAAUCAGUGAUAUGCAGAUGUGCAUAACUGAAAUAGACAUGGCCUGGCCCCUGCACAGUUGGUGGCCUGCAGCUGGUGGUGCCAGCAGCCCUCUGCCUGUCGUCCCAAGGCACAGCACAGGCAUGUGCAGGCCCAGCCAGCCUCAGAGCAUGAGUUCAUCUUGCAAAAGACAUUUUCCAGAAUUCUGGCAGAAGGUGACUCCGAAACACUCUUGAGUCACCUUCUAUCAACUUAUAUAAUUAGGGAUCCAGAAUAAAAAGUGCUGGCCUGGCAGUUGCUAGGACUGGGUGGGACUUGUGCAUGGGGGAAAUCCAGCAGGGCACAGUGGCUCCUGCCAGGCUCCGUCCAGGGAGCACUGGACAGCAGCAUAUCCAACAGCUUACCUGGGAGAGCACGGUGCAGCCUUACAAUGGUGUCAGAAAAGCCUGAGCCACCCAGGACCAGAGGAAACUGGGGAAAGGCCCAAAUCAUGAGCCUCUGUUUGGGACCACUGCAAAGAGAGAAAGUGCAGUUCAUCUUAAGGAAGUUACAAGGUCCUGAUGGGUUCAGGCUGUCUGCUGACACAGGGCUGGACUUUGGAAAUCUGUCUAGAAUUAUAUUCAUGCCCAGUUACAAUUUUAAAAUGAAACAUAAAAAUUCAAUAUAGACAUUUAAAACCUGUAAAAUACUAAAUUUUAAAUUUAUCAGAGAUAGCUUUA